AUGAAAUAUAAUAAAAAUGUCAGUUCUUCUCGGCGUAAAAGCCGCAAAGCACAUUUUACAGCGCCAUCAAGUGUAAGACGAAAGCUUAUGAGUGCCCCAUUGUGUAAAGACCUUCGUCAGAAAUACAAUGUACGCUCUUUACCCAUCCGCAAAGAUGACGAGGUUCAAGUCACACGUGGCCACCAUAAAG